CAGGGCUGCGCGCCAAAACAUUUAUGUUAUACAGUAUGAUAUACUACUGUAGUUGUACAGUUAUCAAGUGAAGGCAUUGAAUAAGUAGUUUUAAUUCGAUUUUUAAAUGGCAGUUGCACAGAAAAAACAUUGAAGAUUUAAAGGCAAAAUGGAGGAAAGAAAUAUUAUAGCGGAGGGCUCAAAAAGGAAAGUCGACAGUGAUGACGAACUUUUCAGCUACGGCAAUACAGUGGAGUUUUCAUUUAAAAAGCAAAAAAUGGCACAAGCGACUUGUGGAAAUGCAAAGAAUUAUGCCAGUGAUAGUGGUUCAAGCGAAGGAAGUUCUUCAGAUUGUGACAAAAGUAGUGUUAGCUCUGAAAGUAGCGACGACGACUCAGAUCAUUGCAGCGAGGCUGAAUUAGGCUCAUUCGAUGUCGAUAAAGACACAAUAGAUCAGCCUCCAAAGUAUCCAGCACAAUCUCCAACUCCAGUAAUUUGUGUUAAUAACAAAAGAACAACAAGAUCCUUUCAGGCAUUAACAAAUCUUCUUUCACACAAUAACAAACCAAAUAUUGAAACAGCAUCACCAACUAUCCCUCUACCAACAAGGAGCAAUGAAAAGUUGCCUCAACUAGUUAUAUUGGAUGAUAGUCCUGUAAAUCGGGAACGGGUGAUUAAGGUCAAAUGUCAUGGAAAUGUUAAUAAAUACAAGAUAAGACAGAACCAAGAUUUCAAGUUAAUAAUCGACAUGAUCGCAGCAAAAGAAAGGACAUCUUCAGAAAAGGUAUUACUUUACCUCAAAGAGAGCUUGAUUAAAGAUGAUGACACUCCCAAAAGUAUCGAGUACACUGUCGCAGAUAUAAUUGAUUGUGUCAUUGUUGUUGAGGAUGCAUUGGACAGUGGCAGCAAGCACCUUGAUAAUGUUAUCAAAAUAAAAGUACAAGGAGAUGAAGUGCACUCAAAACAGGAACACACCAUUAACAAGUUCUCACCUUUGGAAAACACCAUAAAAGAUUACUGUGCCGCAAGAAAAAUUGAUGUUAAGACGGUUCAGAUAUACUUCGAUGGGGAACUUGUGAGCUUCAAGAAUACCCCAAAUGAUCUGAAUAUGGAAGAUGAUGAUAUUAUUGAUUUAAAAUGUAAUUAAUUUUAAUAGCACACCUGUAUAAUGUAAAUAUGAAUUUAACUCAGACACAUUUGAAAGGCUAAAAAUAAGUAAAUCAUAUCAUGUAAGUUCCUCUAUGCUACCCGUUCUAUGUUGUCUUGAUUGCAGAAAAACACGAAUAACAGAAAAUGCAUAAUGAUGCCAGAUUUUUAAAAAAAAGUAUCGCUUAUGAUGCUAAAUAGUGGUAUUUAUUUUGGUAACUAUUUAC